AUGUCUAAGGCCGUGUAUGCGAAGAUAUGGAUGAGCACGAGGUUCUUCAACCUCAGAAGGAGAUACGGGUGCAUUCAAGUUUGCAACGAAAACAAAAAGUUGCUGACCUUCGGAAUUUGGAAGGAAAAUGACGUUGGCUAUAAUAAGUGCGCCCCCCAACCGUACGAUUGA